UAGCAGCACCUUCUGACGAUUGAUAGCCUGCAUCUGCGUUACAGCCUCAGUACAUCUCAGGUGUCAGUUGCGGAAGGACGUUAUUGUCGUUUUUACCGUCGCCGCCGCUGCGGUUGCCUUCGCGAGUUAGUUAAUUGUGACGACACGACAACGAAAACGGUUCGUACUGUUUUUUUUUUUGUUUAGCACGAGUGACCUCAACACCGCUCCUCCCUCCACUGCAGUGACACACCCGGUAGAAAGGUUUUUUUGGGGUGUGAGUGAGUCUAGUGAAACUCUCGUUUUAGUGAACAUUUCAAAUGACUACCGUUGGAAAGGGUCCACCGAACUACCAUGUAGCGACUAGCGUUAGAUUUAGUUCCAGUACACACGCGAGCUAGUGUUAUCGACCAUGUCCAUGUGGGCAGUACGAGACCAGUGCAUAAAGUGAGAGUGAUUUUUGACUAAGUGAUCGUGUUGCUAAACCAAUCGAGCUUACUAGUAUUACAAUAAUAAGUCAAUUAUUACAAGUUUCAGUUCAGUGUAAAUCUUGCAGUGUAACGAUAAUUAAAAAAGCACCAUUUAUCUGUAACAAUCGCGCAGUACAGUUUUAGGUAGUGAUUCAUGUUGAUCGGUGCCCGAGCAUCGUUUGUUGUUAUUGUUCGUAGCUUUUGAGGCUCCACCCGUGUGCCCGUGCAAUGGAUAAUCCCAGCUAUGGAACGUCCCACAUGUCUUCGCCUGCCCUAGUGGUGUUCUCCCAGGCCGCUAAUGGAUUAAGUGAUGCUUUGCGAAUACAGCGGCCUUUUCAAGGACAACUACCGGACGCCAAAGACCUGCAUCACCUCUCUCUGAUGAGCGGUUACGGAGCUCACCUGCUGCACGGCUUCCAGCCACACUUCCUCCACCCGCUGAACCCGGCCGUAUCUACGGCCAGCGGUACUAGUCCAUUCAGCGGUGGAGGAGCCUUCGUGAAACCGUUCCCCUCGAACCUGCCACUCCCGUCUGCCUUCACGCCUCCCAAGUGUUUGGGUUUCGGAAUCGACCAAAAUAUCUUUUCAAAGGGACUUCUAUUCGGUGGGAGCAGCGGUUCCGAGUCCUUCCGGACAUCAGAUUCGUCGAGUCCCGCCUGUACGUCGCUAUCCCCUCCAGCGAAAGAUGAAUCCAUGGAGGGACAAACCAGUGAAGAAGGCGACCGGGAUCGAAUAUGCAGCCCGGAAAGAAGUCCGGAAACACCUGGCUUCAGACUGGCGGCAUACCGUUUGUAUCAAUGCUUCACUAAACAAGGAAUUGGCCCUCCAAAAAAGACCUUCGUGGGAACUCCUCCGCCCAAUUCAUGUCCCAUCUGUGGCAUCCAGCUAGCACCAAGUGACCUAGAAACCCAUUUCUCGGCUGAACUGUCCCGGCUCACCAAAAUGAGCUCGGCUGCUGAACGGCUCGAGUUACGACGAACGCUGAGCGUCGACAUGCACGCAAUGCAAAGUACCCUGCAGGGUCGCACCAGCCGGUGGGAGACUUUUAAAAAUAUCCGCAAUAAGCGCCAGGAUCGCCUGCGGGGCAAACUGCGAAAGCGAAAAUUUGAUGGCGAAGAUGGCUUCGGUUUGCAAUUGGGGAAUGUCAACUGCCAGUCCUGCCCAGUCUGUCAUGGGAGACUGCAGCGGACACAGGAGGAAAUUGCCCAGCAUAUCGAGGACUGCGUGAGAAAGCAUCAUCACCAGCAGCAUCAGCAACAACAACAACAACAACAACAGCAGCAGCAAAAUAACCAAGCCUCCACCCAAGAUGAAGACGAAACUGUUGAUGUUGAAAGCUACGGCGAUGAGACUUCCAACGGAGCCAUUAACAUGACUUCAAAUGUGAUUCACCAUACCAAUGGCGGUCUACAUAAUAACAACAAUAAUAACAAUAACAAUACGCCAUUGAAACCGGAUCCUCCAUUGAGCAAAAUUCCACCGAUGGAGGAAAGUGCCAUCACUUCACUCAGCUCGAUUGUUCCCCACUGGGAUAGAAAACCUAGACUUAAUCUGCCUCUAAAUUGUACAGCCACCUCCGACAACUCGAUCACCCGAGUUACACCCACCAGCAGCGAUCAGCGAAUUGAUGUCGAUUACGAGCAAGACCAUGAUCACAGUCAGGACAUGAUAACUGACAAUGACGAAGAGGUCAUCGUAGAUAACACGGAUGACGAGGACUGCAUGAAACGACACCGACCCGUGCUAACCACACUGGGCGGGCAUCAUCUUUCCAACGGUGGUCCGAUUGGCGUCUUGCGUGACGAUAAAAAUAGCACCGAAGAAGCAACUUCAUCGGUCGAAAUCGACUCGGCCACUGACUCAAUGCCAAUCCGAACGGCAGGAAACACACCAAACUCCGACUCAUACGUGAGCACUUCCGAAUCCGCAGAACCAUCAUCGAAAGCACAGGUUUUGGAGGAGCUGAAAGCCCGAAUACGGGAACUGGAAGGAUCGCCUCACUACAAAUGUUUCAUAUGUAAGGAAAAAUGUAAAACGUUGAUCAUCUCAAAAAUUUGCGGACACUAUCUGUGCGAGGAAUGUUGGAUCACAGAAACGGAAUCAUCCAAAUCUUGCCCGCGCUGCAAAAUUAUUACCGCAAAUUCGGAUUUUAGAAAAAUUCACGCAUAGAUCUAAGCCGUUAACGUAAAUAUUUAUUAUAUUUUUUACCUAUUUAUUUCAACAACAUACUCAUAGGCCCUUGUUCAAAAUAAACAAAAUAAACUCUUCAAACCCAAAUUCCCUUAAAGCUCUCUAAAGCUAUACUUUUACUUGGGUAGACCAGCGAAUCUGAUGCAGAGAUAAUGUGCAAUAAAUGUCAAAUUUGUUCAAUUUUCGGAAUCUACGGUUCGAACAAUUUACUAUCCAAUAUGAAUGUUAAACGGAUAAUUCAGCCCAGUGAUGAUAGAUGCAGGCCGAUGAUAACAUAAAUCAAUAUCAAUUACUUUGUGAAAGCCAACAAACGUACCGUAAAUGAAAGCUUAAUUGUUAUACAAAUAUUUGAGUAGAUAAUCGUCGAAAUAAGCAUUUAGCUGAAGAGAAAAAAAAAACUUGAAAAUUUACUGUUAUGUACAUAGUCUGCGAUAAAAAAAAACACAGAAAAGAUAAAUAAUUGCGAAUAGUUUAAUUAAACAAGCUCACACACUUUCCUCUAAUAUUUUCACACUCAGACAAGCUUUCUAGACAACCAUUAUCCUCGACAGCUAGAAAUGAACAUGUUUCUGCAGGAAGAAAAAAAAACACACACACACACAAAGCAAAAUUGUUUACAUGUCCAACUUCUACAGUCAAAUCAAUAUUUCUCUAAAGAAGAUUAAUAAAAUAUGUGAUUCACAGAAUUAAAUAACA